AGUUAAAUAAAUAAAUAAUUAAGUGUUUGACCAAAAAAAAAAUAGAAUAGAAUGGUAUUGUUGUUUGAUAAAAAUUAAAUAACAAUUGACAUUUAAAAUGGAAGUGAGAACACCAAAUAGAGGAGACAAUAGACAUGAUGAAAGAUGCUCCAGGAGUCCACCAAUGUCUGAUACAAAAAUAUAUCCUUGGAAUUGGGGUGAAGAAGCUAGAAAUAUUAAUUUGAGUCCAGAGAGUUCUUGUUCAAGUCCAGAAAAUCGUGAGGAUAAUAAUAAUGCCAGAAUGGACAUUGAUAAAUGUAAUAAUAGAUCUGGUGGAUCUGAAUCACAUAGAAGAGGCAGACCUCGUGCUGAUGCAUUAACAAAUCUUAUGGAACAGGGUAGUACAUCACCAAGUAGCAUUAAAUGCACAUUUUGUAAUAGAGUAUUUCCUAGAGAAAAAAGUUUACAAGCACAUUUACGCACACAUACUGGUGAACGGCCAUAUCCAUGUGAUUAUCCAGGUUGCAUAAAAGCAUUUACCCAAUCAGGACAAUUAAAAACUCAUCAACGUUUACAUACUGGUGAAAAACCAUUUGUAUGUACAGCUGAAGGUUGUGAUAUACGUUUCACUCAUGCAAAUCGACAUUGUCCAGAUCAUCCAUAUGCAAAUUUAGCACGCUCAGAUAAUUUUGUACUUAAGCCAUUACCUGGUAAUGCAGAAAUACCAAAUGAAGUAUUACGUUGGCUUGAACGUUAUAAAUUAGCACGUGAACGUGAAGAACGUACACCAACUGGUAAAGAUAAAAAAAAAAAGCCAUGGAAAACAAAUGAUCAUAAACGUGCUAAAUCACGAAAAGGUUUAAUGAUGGAUGGAACAAAUGGCCAAGUAAAUACUCAUGAAACAUCAAAUGAACAGCAUUAUUGUGAAAGUCAAGAUAGUCAAGAAGAUAGCCAAGAGGAUAGUCAAGAAGAUUCACAAGAAGAAUCACAAGAUGAUGAAGAUCCAACAGAUACAUGUAGAAUAAUAAAUCAUUCAGAAGAUGAAGAGCCAACAGCAUCAGUUAAUAUUAAAUUACCAGUAACACCAGUACGUAGACCACUUGAUAGAUUACAACCAAAAAAAAGAUGGCUAAGAGAAGCAUGUCUUGAACAACAACUUGCUAAACCAUUACGUUGGGAUUGUACUAAAAAUAAUAGUCAUAAUAAUAAUUUUGGUUCUGAUAAACAAACUGAUGAACAACAAUUACAUAUUAAUUAUAUGCAAAGAUGGAAUUCGCCAAUGAGAAAUUUAAAUGAUGCAUAUGGUAUUGUUAAUAAUGAUGAUGAUGUUAAUAUUGAAAAUUCACCACCACCUCCACCACCACCUUUACCACUACCAUCAUCAUCAUCAACAUCUUCAUUAUCGUCUUCGUCAUCAUUGCCAAUACAAAUACCAUAUCAAUCUCAAUUACAACAACAACAACAACAAUCAUCAUCAAAAAUAAAUGAUUCAUCAACAAAUAAAUUAACUUGGGAUAAUUAUUAUCAAAAUAAUGAUUACAAUGAUCAUCGUAUUCCACUUGAACCAAUUAUUGAUGAUAAAGACUGGAAUCCACCGACAAAUAUUACAACAAAUUUUAACUCUACAAAUAAUAUUGAUAUUAAUAUAAAUAAUAAUAAUAAUAAAAUAGAGAAAUUAUCUAGAAAUACAGUAAUACGUGAUAAUGAAACAAGACCAACGGUUUUAAUGUUAGCUGGUAGUAGUAGUAAUUUAAUAAAUAAAGAUGAUAAUAAAAAAAUUAAGACAAAUGUCAAUAAAAAUGAACAAGAAAAAAUGCCAUUUGUUAAAAAAUCAAAAGAUAAUCAAACUUGGAUGGGUGCACUUGCACUCAUGGAACUUGCUACUACACAAGAAGAAAAUAAUUUAAUUGGAUUAACAACACCUGGACUAGAAGUUAUUGAUAAUUUUGUUGAUCCAUCAAAUACGGAAAAUUUUGAUUAUGCUAAUCUUUAGAGACUGUGAUUAUUAUUUAUUAUUAUU